AUGAAUCCCAUUAGGCUCACUACAGUCUUGAGGAAAAAGGUGGGGGAUAUCCUGCUGGCGAAAGUGUUGAGGGAUGGGAACUUGUUGAUUGUGUGUAAAGAUAUUCAGCAGAGGGAGCGAGCAUAUGGGCUGAAAGUGAUAGAGCAGCGACGGCGGUUCCUGUCAACGAGCUCGUUGGGGAUAUUGCCCGUGCGUCAUCGCCAGAAGGGAGUGUCUCUGACCGGUGUUUUCCUGACCGCUACGCCCGUGUUUCCUCCGUACGCCCGCGUGUUCUGUGUCCAGUACCUCGCCAGGUGGAUCCCGCGGCCCAGCCGCUGCUGGAAGCACCAGCUCAGUGCACGCCGUGUGCUCCUGGUCAGCCUUUACUCCAGUCAGCCUACAGGAGAUGGAGGCUGUCGUGAGCAAAAUGAAACUAUCAUCGAGUCCUGCUGA